AUGGCGACGCAGGCGAUGUACGCGCAGCAGAUGAUGACGACGAUGACGCCGGAGGCGAUGGGGGCGGCGUACUACGAACGACAGAACGCCGCGCUCGCCGCCAUGGGACCGCACAUGAUGGCGUCGUACGCGGCGUACGUGGCGUACGUGCAGUCGCAGACGUACAACGUGCAGGCGUACGCGGGGAUGAUGGGCGCUUCGCCACCGUUUAGCGGCGCGUACGGGACGCCGGCGAUGGGCGCGGCGGCGUACGGCGGCGAAGCGACGAGCGCGCGCACGGGACGCGGCGGCGGCGGGGCCAAGAAGGGCGGGAAAGGCGGUCGCGCGGGACGAAAGGGGGGCGUGACGCAAUCGAUUCGCGCGUGCAAGGCGACGGUCAAGGCGUCGACGAACGUCAAGGCGCAAAAGCAAAAGAUUUGCGUCAACUGCAAAUCGACCGAGACGCCGUUUUGGAGGAAGGAUAAGGACGGAAUCGGAUCUCUGUGCAACGCGUGCGGGUUGUACGCGGCGAAGAACCAUGCCCCGCGACCGGCGUUGCUGUGGAGACGAUCUGGCGCGACCGGAAGCGAGAAUGGUGGAUCGGACAAAACCGGUUCGGACAAAACCACCGAAGCCGUCCCUUCGAGCAGUGGCGACGCCGCUGAGAACAAAUCAAAACAAGACGGGCACACCUCGCUGUUGAAGACUUCGGGUUCGGGUGAUCUCACCGCGACUACUACUACUACUACGACGACGACGACGACGGAUAGCGAUGACGCAAGAAUAGCAAAGCAAGAAGCGAAACUGGAUGGAGUCGGCCGCGGCGCCGAGUGA